AUGCCUGAACAUAUUCUACUGCGCAACUAUCAUCAAUUUAUCUUAACAGGAUUGCAAACCAGAGCCCCAACCACUAAGAAUUACGCAUCUAGAUACACGCAUUACUACGGAAUCGAGGACUGGAAGGCCCGCCAGUGGAAAAAAGCCUGGAAACAACUAGUCUUGGACGUGCCCUCCAUCGUCAAGGCAUCCUCGGCCAACAUCUGCGGCGAGACCCGCGACGGCAAAUCCUGUCUCCCGACCAUCGAUCAGCGGAAAGGCAUAUAUUUGAACGGAGUCGGCGAUGAGGGACACGAGCCUCUGACUAUAUACCCGAACUGGAGAGGCUGGUAUGUAAAGACGGCGCGGCGACAGUAUGAUGAAGUCAUUGCUUGUGUGUUGUUGAGAGCGCAUAUGCUGGCCCCGUCGUGCUUUUAUGUUAGAUCUGAUGGGAAUUGGGACCAUGACUGGGCGGAUGCGAGGCGCCUGUAUCGACGUGCUUUUCCGGGACAGCCUAUCUGGUGUCCGUGGGAGUGGAGCGCUGCACUUCCUAAAUCUCCUAAGAGUGCAAGUAUUAUGAAGAGAGCAGUAGGCCGUUUGCUAGACGUUGAUAGUUGA